GUAACUACCCCUGUGGCUCAUCACCAUGCCCUCCGAUCUGGCCAAGGAAAAAGCAGCCAAAAAGAAGGAAGCUGCCAAAGCUCGACAACGGCCCAGAAAGGGACAUGAAAAAAAUGGAGACACUGUCACAGAACCUCAGGUUGCAGAGGAGAAAAAUGAGGAGGCCAAUGGCAGAGAGACCAGAGAAGUUGAUUUGCUGACCAAGGAGCUAGAGGACUUUGAGAUGAAGAAAGUGGCUGCUCGCGCCGUCACCGGCGUCCUGGCCUCUCACCCCAACAGCACUGACAUCCACAUCAUCAACCUUUCACUGACCUUUCAUGGUCAAGACCUGCUCAGUGACACCAAACUGGAACUCAACUCAGGCCGUCGUUAUGGUCUCAUUGGCUUAAAUGGAAUUGGAAAAUCCAUGCUGCUCUCUGCUAUUGGGAAACGUGAAGUGCCCAUCCCUGAGAACAUAGACAUCUACCAUCUGACUUGUGAGAUGCCUCCUAGUGAAAAAAAACCCUUGCAGUGUGUGAUGGAGGUGGACACAGAGAGGGCCAUGCUGGAGAGGGAGGCAGAGCGGUUAGCUCAUGAGGAUGCGGAGUGUGAGAAGCUCAUGGAAUUCUAUCAGCUGCUGGAAGAUCUGGAUGCUGACAAAGUGGAGAUGAGGGCCUCAAGGAUCUUACAUGGGCUGGGUUUCACACCUGCCAUGCAGCGCAAGAAGCUGAAAGAUUUCAGUGAUGGCUGGCGGAUGAGAGUUGCUCUUGCCAGAGCCCUCUUUAUUCGGCCCUUCAUGCUGCUUCUGGAUGAGCCUACCAACCACCUGGACCUGGAUGCUUGUGUGUGGCUGGAAGAGGAACUUAAGACUUUCAAGCGCAUCGUGGUCCUUGUGUCACAUUCUCAGGACUUUCUGAAUGGAGUCUGUACCAAUAUUAUCCACAUGCACAACAAGAAACUCAAGUAUUACAUGGGUAAUUAUGAUCAGUAUGUGAAGACGCGGCUGGAGCUGGAGGAGAACCAGAUGAAGAGGUUUCACUGGGAGCAGGACCAGAUCGCACACAUGAAGAACUACAUUGCCAGAUUUGGCCAUGGCAUUGCCAAGCUGGCCCCGCAGGCUCAGAGCAAAGAGAAAACUCUACAGAAAAUGAUGGCAUCAGGACUAACAGAAAGGGUUGUGAGUGACAAGACGCUGUCAUUUUAUUUCCCACCUUGUGGUAAAAUCCCACCGCCUGUCAUCAUGGUGCAGAAUGUGAGCUUCAAGUACACAAAAGACAGACCUUGCAUCUACAAUAAUCUAGAAUUUGGCAUUGACCUUGACACACGGGUGGCUCUGGUAGGACCUAAUGGUGCAGGGAAAUCCACUCUUUUGAAGCUGCUCACUGGAGAGCUUCUACCCACAGCUGGAAUGAUCCGGAAGCAUUCUCAUGUCAAGAUAGGGCGUUACCAUCAGCACUUACAGGAGCAGUUGGACCUGGACCUUUCGGCAUUGGAGUAUGUGAUGAAGUGCUACCCAGAGAUCAAGGAAAAGGAGGAGAUGAGGAAGAUCAUUGGGAGAUACGGCCUUACUGGGAAACAGCAGGUGAGCCCAAUCCGGAACCUGUCGGAUGGGCAGAAGUGUCGAGUGUGUUUGGCCUGGCUGGCCUGGCAGAACCCUCACAUGCUCUUUCUGGACGAGCCUACCAAUCACCUGGACAUCGAGACCAUUGAUGCACUGGCAGAUGCCAUCAAUGAGUUUGAGGGUGGUAUGAUGCUAGUCAGCCAUGACUUCAGACUCAUCCAGCAGGUUGCACAGGAGAUUUGGGUCUGUGAGAAGCAGACAAUCAUUAAAUGGCUUGGAGACAUCCUUGCCUACAAGGAGCACCUCAAAUCCAAACUAGUAGAUGAGGAGCCCCAGCUCACCAAGAGGACCCACAACGUGUGAGCC